CACCCUGCAAGGUCCUCUCCUGGCACGCUCCCACAACACCCACCCCCGUCAAAAUGCUCAACGGGACAACAAGCACGAAGCAAGUCGUAGGAAGCUCAAAGAACUUUCAGACGUCAGUACGAAGAGAAACGAAGAGGGCCGAGAGCCCGAAACUCGCCGCAUGGCAACAGGAAUGUUUGACGUUGAUGAAUCUGAUCAGUCCAACUUGUAAUUAUGUUGUAAGACAAACUAAACUGCGUCUGGUUGGAGUCGAGAUGGCUAUGAAGCCGAAUUACAAUGAACUCAUUGACAGCGACAUGCCCCAAUCUCCAGACGCUUCCUACUCGCUCUAUAUAGUGUGGCGGAAGUUCCUGAAUUCAAGACCAGGUUUCAUCCGAGAAGCGAUCAACCACCAUUCUGUCGAUGAAACACCCUGGUCCCUCUUUCGCACACUAGGCGAAUUCAAGUUCGUAGAAAUUGCACUCGACGCAGUACUCAAUCAACAUGUCAAUGCAAUGCUUGAUCUCAUCGCUCAUGUCGCACAGGAUGCUAACUCAGGUCUCCCUAAAGAAUGGCGCAGAGCUUUGCUAAAUGUGUGAUGCAACUGCGAUGGGAAUCACGCUGGUAAAUCUUUGA